UCUACGCGAGAGGUUCUGGAAGAGAUAGAUUUGAUGUUUGUUGUAUAAAAGCCACUGCCAGGUUCUGAGUUGAAGCAUACCGAACUCAAGUGUUCUAACAAUCAAAGCACCAACCAAACCAACAUCAAACCUCAUCUGCCACAAUGAAGUUCAUCGUUGCCGCUGUUGUCCUUGCCCUUGCUGUCGCCUCGGAGGCCAGCUGGCCAGCCGCUGGAUUGCCAUGGGGAGGACCAUGGGGAACCGUUGUUCAGGCUAAUGCUCCAGCUUGGCCCGCUGCCCACUGGGGCGGUGCUUGGCCAGCUGCUGCUGCUUACGGUGCCUGGCCUGGUGCUCACUGGGCUGGAGCGUGGCCAGCUGCCCACUGGGGUGCCCCAGCUGCCUCGGUUGCCCACCAUGCCGGAGUUGUUCCCGGAGCCACCUCGGUCACUGCCAACCGUGGUGCCGUCCACGUUGCUCCUCUGCCAGGACAUGCCAUCUCUCAGCAGCAAUUGAACCUUGCCCCAGCUCCAGGAACUUUGUAAACAGGAUACCUAAACUGAAAACUGAUCUCAGCAGCAGAUCAAUGCUCGUAAACUCAAGAUGACAAACCACUGCCAUGAUUGCUAGAACAAACAAUUAGGAACCGAAGUUCUGUGUUUCACACGUGAUUUUAUUAUGUUAAUAGGGAAAACAAUAAUUUACUCAAUUUGUAAAUAAAUGUCAACUCUCGAAUACUGAAAUAAUUGGAAUAAUUGAUCACUUAUUUUAUAAAUAUCACAAGCUACAUCCAGUUCGCAAACGGAGCCAUACAAUGUGUGAUUUCCAAUGCUGAAGGUGAUUACGUGGGAAAUUUUCUCCCGCAAUGCAAUUUUAUUUACCUAAUUAAAUUUUCAAAACUUAUUUAUUCAUUUUCAAGUGUUCAAGUAUUAAACUACAUACUUUUUACAGAUGUGUAUACAACGAUCAAUCACUAUAUGCUAUAUAAUCGUUAACUGUUUUGGAGAUAUAUAAAAUGUGGUAUAUCA